GGAGAGCUGGAAGAGCCUGGGGACCUCGAGGAGCUCGAGGCGUUAGAGGAGGAGGAGGAGGAGGUGGUGGAAGACGAGGCCAUGGGGAGCGGGGCCAGCGCCGAGGACAAGGAGAUGGCCAAGAGGUCCAAGGAGCUGGAGAAGAAGCUCCAGGAGGACGCGGAUAAGGAGGCCAAGACAGUCAAGUUGCUUCUCUUGGGUGCUGGUGAAUCAGGCAAGAGCACCAUCGUGAAGCAGAUGAAGAUCAUCCACCAGGAUGGUUACACACCUGAGGAGUGCAUGGAGUUCAAGGCCAUCAUCUACGGUAACAUCCUGCAGUCCAUCCUGGCCAUCAUCCGCGCCAUGUCCACGCUGGGCAUCGACUACGCCGAGUCGUCCCGUGCGGACGAUGGGCGGCAGCUCUUCAACCUGGCUGACUCCAUCGAGGAGGGCACGAUGCCCCCCGAGCUGGUGGACUGCAUCAAGAAGCUGUGGAAGGAUGGGGGGGUCCAGGCUUGCUUCGACCGCGCCGCCGAGUACCAGCUCAAUGACUCGGCCGCGUAUUACCUGAACCAGCUGGACAGGAUCACGGCCCCCGACUACCUGCCCAAUGAGCAGGAUGUGCUGAGGUCCAGGGUGAAGACCACGGGCAUCAUCGAGACCAAGUUCUCCGUCAAAGAUCUCAAUUUCAGGAUGUUUGACGUGGGAGGGCAGAGAUCAGAGCGCAAGAAGUGGAUCCACUGCUUCGAGGGGGUGACCUGCAUCAUCUUCUGCGGGGCACUGAGCGCCUACGACAUGGUGCUGGUGGAGGACGAUGAAGUGAACCGCAUGCACGAGUCCCUGCACCUAUUCAACAGUAUAUGCAACCACAAGUUCUUUGCCGCCACAUCCAUCAUCCUCUUCCUCAACAAGAAGGACCUUUUUGAGGAGAAGAUCAAGAAAGUCCAUCUCAGCAUCUGCUUCCCCGAAUACGACGGUCCCAACACGUUUGAGGACGCAGGGAAUUACAUCAAGACCCAGUUCCUGGAUCUCAACAUGCGGAAGGACGUGAAGGAGAUCUACAGCCACAUGACCUGUGCCACAGACACGCAGAACGUCAAGUUCGUCUUCGACGCCGUCACGGACGUCAUCAUCAAGGAGAACCUCAAGGACUGUGGCCUCUUCUGAGCAG